AUGAACCACACCAUGAUCACAGAGUUUGUCCUCCUAGGGCUUUCUGAUGAUCCCCGCCUUCAAGGUGUGAUUUUCUUCUUUUUAAUGAUCACGUAUAUUUUAAGUGUCGCUGGAAACCUGACCAUCAUCACCCUCACCUUGCUGGAUUCCCAUCUUCAGACGCCUAUGUAUUUCUUCCUACGGAAUUUCUCUUUCUUAGAAAUCUCAUUUACGACUGUAUGCAUCCCUAGAUUUCUCAGGGCAAUUAUCACGAGGGAUAAGACUAUUUCCUACAACAACUGUGCAGCCCAGUUGUUUUUCUUUAUCUUCAUGGGGGUGACUGAAUUCUACCUCCUAACCGCCAUGUCCUACGACCGCUACGUGGCCAUCUGCAGGCCCCUGCACUACACCACCAGCAUGAGCAAGAGGCUGUGCGCCUGGCUGGUGGCCUGCGCCUGGGCGGGCGGCUUCCUGACGGUCUUCCCACCCAUCGUGCUUCUGUUCCAGCAGGAUUACUGCGCUUCCAACGUCAUUGACCACUUUUCGUGUGACUUUUUCCCCAUUUUACAGCUCUCUUGCUCAGAUACGUGGCUCCUCGAAGUGAUUGGAUUUUACCUUGCUUUGGUUACUCUGCUCUCCACUCUGGCGUUGGUGAUUUUGUCUUAUAUCUACAUCAUCAGAACUAUUUUGAGAUUCCCAUCUGCCAGUCAGAGAAAAAAGGCUUUCUCCACCUGCUCCUCCCACAUGAUUGUCAUUUCCAUCUCCUAUGGCAGCUGCAUCUUCAUGUAUGCUAAUCCCUCCGCAAAAGAAAAGGCCUCACUGACAAAAGGGGUGGCCAUUCUCAAUACCUCUGUCGCCCCCAUGCUGAACCCCUUCAUUUACAGCCUGAGAAACCAGCAAGUGAAACAAGCCUUCAGAGAUGUGCUCCAUAAAGUGGUACUUUCCACAAGUAAAUGA